GCCCCGUAGCUUUUAGAAAAAGCGGCUUUUAUCCACCGCACCGAAUAAAUAAAUAAAGACUCCGUCUGGCGUCUCUCUCACUCUCUGCUCCUUCUCUCAAUACCCAGACCCUAACCCUAACCCAAAAACACCAUACGCGAAUUCCCUCAACUUUUUUCACUCCAAUUACACACAAUUUCGAUAAGCCCUAAUAAAAGAGAAGGUUUUGUGUCAGGAAUAUUUGAAGGAGUAAAUGGAUUCUUUUGAAAGUGGUUAUUGAACUCUGCAUCAUUUUAUUUGUGAGUGAGCAAAUUACUGCUGUAUGAUGGGUAUGGAGAAUCUACGAAUCAAUGAAUAUCCGAUCAUGGAAUUAUUUGCAAUUGAAUUUAGCUUCAUCUUUAAUUUGACCUUUAGAUACAUGUACACAAAGCAUGAUCGCGAACCGGCAUUGAUGUUUGGUGAUUACGCUGGUCAAAUAUAUUAGUGUGUUUGAGCUUCUUGAGUUGGUUGGUUAUUACUAAUUUGUGCUUCUAAUCUAUUAUACACACACACACAUACACACACACACACACACACAUAUAUAUAUAUAUAUGCUCUCUCUCUGUGAAAUCUCUGACAAACUAAUUUUACAGAAAAUAAAGGAAAUGGAAGAAUCAGAGAAAGAAGCUCAGCGGCUAAAAUCUCUAGCCGAGGUCAAAUACAAAGACUCCAACGUCAAAUCAGCCCUCAAAUAUGCAAAACGUGCCGAGCGCCUGUGCCCAAGCAUGGAAGGCAUCUCCUCCAUGGUCACUGCCUUAAAGAUCAUCCAUACGGCCUCCAAAAGCCCCAAUCCCGACUGGUACAAGGUCUUGCAGGUGGAGCCCUUUGCUCACAUCAACACCAUUAAGAAGAACUACAAGAAGCUCGCGUUUCUUCUCCACCCUGAUAAGAAUCCUCAUGCCGGUUCCGAAGAGGCUUUCAAACUCGUCAACGAGGCCGUUCGAUUCCUUUCUGACAAGCUUAGGAGGAAGGAGUAUGAUAUGAAACUCAGGAUUAGGAUUCAGGAUGAGAAGAUAAAAGAAAGUGGUGUUGGGGGUUUAGGUUCGAGUAUGGGGGUGGAGAGUGACACCUUUUGGACUGCCUGUUCGACGUGCCGGCUUUUGCACCAGUUUGAGAGGAGGUAUUUGGGGCAUAAUUUGGUUUGCCCAAGUUGUAGGAAGAGCUUUAAGGCUCUGGAGGUUGAAAAUGGUGAGAAUGCCAAGAUUAGGACUAGUGAGAGAUUAAGGAAAGCGAGUUUGGCAUCAAAAGGGGGAAUGAGUAGUGAAGGAUUGGGGAAGAGAGUGAGUAACAAUGGUGAAAUAAAUGGUGGUACUGGUGGGAGAAGGAAAAGUGAUGAGUUGCAGAGGAAGGGUGAAGUAGGAACAGGAGAUUUAGACAGUCAAGUGAGUGCUGGGAGAAGGAAGAGAGGUGUUUUGGAGAGGAAAGGUGAAGGGGGAACUGGGGAUGUGGAUUGUCAAGUUACCUGUGGUGAUGCUGGUGAACUGAGUAGUUUGAGGUUGAGGAGGAGAAUGAGUAGUGUUGGAGAGGUGAUGGAGAGGUCUAAACCAAAGAAGGCAAAAACCGGUGAUGAAAUGAUGACAUUGGCAGAAAUUAAGCAAAAGGUCCGAGAGGGGAAGUUGAAGAUGAAGGACAAGGAGGAUGAAAGAGAUAAGGAGAAGGGGGAGAGGCUGAGGCUGGGGCAUGAAAAUUUAAAGAAGGGUAAGAAUUUAAAGGUUGAGAGACGCGCUGCUCCAAAGAAGAAGGAUUUUGAAAGUGAUAAAAGUAGGGGCAUGUCAAUAGAGAAGAGCAUCAGGGGGUCUAAGAGUGGGGAUCUGGAAAUUAUGGUGGUAGAGGAUUCAGAUUUUUAUGAUUUUGAUAAAGAUAGAGUGGGGAGGAGUUUUGAGAAAGGGCAGGUUUGGGCUAUAUACGAUGAUAAUGAUGGAAUGCCAAGGCUUUAUGGUUUGAUUGAUGAGGUUGUUUCUGUCAAACCUUUUGAGGUGAAAAUGAGUUGGUUGGAUCUUCAGAAUAAUGGUGAUGAGUGGCUUGCCUCUUCAGAGAAAAUGGGAUUCCAUGUGUCUUGUGGGAGGUUUAAAGUUUCCAGAAAGACUUCAAUUAAUUCAUUGAAUGUAUUCUCUCAUCUCGUGGAUUGUGAAAGGGUGGCAAGAGAGAUUUAUCGGAUUUAUCCGAAGAAGGGGUCAGUGUGGGCGCUUUAUAAUGAAGCAGCUUUGGAUGCAGAGGGAAGAAACCUGUCUGUUAAAGACAAGCGGUGUUACGACAUAGUUUUGUUUCUGACAACUUAUAGUGAGAUGCACGGUAUGAGUAUAGGUUAUCUUGAGAAGGUUGAUGGGUUCAAGACAGUAUUUAAGAGAAGGGAGAUCGGGUCUCAUGCUGUUAGGUUGCUGGAAACCAGUGAUGUUAGGUUGGCUUCACACCAAAUACCUUCUAGGAAGCUCUCGGGUGAUGAGGCUCCAAACAUUUUUAAAGACUGCUGGGAACUUGAUCCUGCUUCUCUUUCUCCGGAUUUACUUACAUUUGGUUUGGGAAGAUAGGUUUAGACUAUAGUUGUGAAAGCAGAGAGCUAUUCGUGUAGCCUUUUCUUCUUCUUUUUUUGGGGUUCAAAGUGCGAUAUGCUGCUGUACAUCCAGUACCCUACUGAGGUGAUUUUUGUAGCAAAUGAGGGUAUUGCUGAACUACAAUCUAAUCAGUUGCUGUGAC